AAGAAAAAAAAAGAAAAAAGAAAUAAACCCUUUCCGCCAAGGGGAUCCCACAACCAUCAGGACUAUAUAACUUCCGAUAUUUUUCUAACUGCAACAUAUUAGACGGAGGUGCUCAUACAUGACGCGAGCUCCAAUCAAUUUCUUUCAAUAAAUCAUCUCAUUUGAAAGAAGAGAAAGGAACAAAUUACCAUGGCGAUUAUGCAAAAAUGCUGCUGUUUCUCUAACGUCAGGACGGGUUCUACUGCCUGUGGAGUCUACUCGUUGAUAAGUGCCUGCAUCUAUUUGGCAAUAUGGGCCUACAAUUUAGCUCAAGCUGUUACAGCAUUCCAAGGAGUAUCAGAUCCAGUAGUUGAUGGAAUCUACGCGGCAUACAGUAUUGACAUCAUCGUAGCCGUUUUCCUGAUCAUCGCGUCCAUUGUCCUCCUUGUAGGCGUGUCUAACGAUAAUAAAGAGAUGCUGAUCCCGUACAUGGUAGCUAUUAUUCUGCUCAUGGUUCUUCAAGCCAUCGCCUGGAUUAUAAUAUUCGCAUUGCUCGGCCUGGCAAGUAGUCUCCUGAUCGGUAAUCUCGUUGUCUGGCUGCUUUUCACUGGUCUCAACAUCACCUGUCUCCUCUGUGUUAUGUCGCAAUAUCAAGAGCUUCGAGACGGCCGUGGAACAGCAAGUAAUGUGGCGUAAACAUAGAAACUCACGAUUUUGAAUUGUUUGUAGCUUUGUGACGAUAAUUAUGCAUUUAUGUAGCGCCAUCUAUCUAUUCAUUCUAGACAGUCGUUCUCGACGACCUUGGCCAUGGCUACUAUAAUUUUAUAUUUAGGACUUUAUUUUUAUUUCUUUAAUUCAAUUUAAUAAUUUUAUUUGUACAGGAGUUCUUCCCUUUUUCAAGUAUGAGGCUUUGUUGAAUGAUGUAUGUAGAUACAGCAAUAUACGCAUAAUUCACGACGGGAAUUCUUGAAUAUUGUAGUUACAAACAGGGGCUGCGGAACGGUUUUCAAAGUGGGGGGCUGAGCCAAAAGUGGGGGGGGGGGGGCUGACCAUGCGAAAAAUCACAAUUAUAUGGUCAUUACUGUACAUGAUUUUGGAAAAAAGAGUGGGGGGGGGGGGGAGGGCUGAAGCCCCCCACCCCGCUUCCGCGGCCCCUGACAAAUGUUGAAUCAGUCCCGUCUCAAGAAACUUUGAGACUUUCCGAUAUAAUAAAAAACAAUAAUUGUAACAAUGACAGAAUUGUAUAUAAUGUAAAAAUAAAGAAAUCUAAUACCGAUUGCAGUGUUUCAUUAUAAUCCAGAACAAUGUUCUCCAGUCUUAAAAUUAUGUUCCUGGAAGCAUAAUUUAAAUCUCAUAUGAUAAAUGUGAAGGGUUGUUUAAUUUCUUUUUAUACACUCGGUAUAAAUCAUUGAAAUUAAGAUUAAUACUGAGUGUGCUUACAGAGACAGUAAGCAAACAUUAGUAGUUUUCUUUUUAUUUACUAAUAUUUCAUGUCUUUGGUAUGAAGUAUAUUUUUAUCAACGUAGGCAAAGAAUUGCCAAGCGUUUGUUUUUUACUUACUUUUUUUAAAAUAAACUUUGGUAAAUGCUUUGUUUUAAACACAUUUUUGUAAUUAAAUUGACGUUUUGAAAAGCUGA